GAAAUAUUUAUUAUAUAACAAUGGCUGACCCUGAAUACGACUAUCUGUUGAAGAUCAUCCUCAUUGGAGAUGCUGGUGUUGGAAAGACUUUCCUCUUAUCCAGAUACAUUAAUGAAGAGCUUCCUAGGAAGAAGGGGCCGACUAUUGGAGUGGAGUUUGCCACUAAAUCAAUUUGUCUCGCAAACGGAGGUGUUGUCAAAGCACAAAUAUGGGAUACUGCUGGCACAGAGAGGUUUAAAGCCAUUACUAGUGCUCACUAUAGGAAGUCAGUAGGUGCCCUUGUUGUCUAUGAUGUCACUGUUAGAGACACUUUCUUGCAUGUAAAGAAAUGGCUUGAUGAGCUUAGAGAGCAUGGAGAACCCGGAAUUGUUGUGACACUUGUAGGAAACAAAGUUGAUUUAGUGAAAGAUGAUCCUAGUCUAAGACAGGUGACUACGGAGGAAGCACAAAAAUUUGCUACUAAGAAUGACCUUCUCUUUGAGGAAAGUUCUGCUAUUGAAGACAUCAAUGUAAAAUUGAUAUUUGAAAAUUUAUUACAAAAAGUAUACGAUGUUAAGUCAAGUGAAUUUACCGAUGAGAAGUAUAACGAAAAGAAAAAGAGACUUGUGUAUCAAGAUCCUUCUAAACCCCAGAGCAAGGACAGCUCAUCGUGUUGUAAUUAAGAAUAUAUUGAUCAUAAGCUUCUCCAUUCUGUUCAUU